ACCCCGCUGCAAAACCUUCACCAAUCGUCAUCACGAAAACUCAGAAAAAAUGGCUCUCUUAUCACAAACACCACUCCCAUCACUUUUUCUUCCGAAGCUACCCCUCACAAAUUCCAGAAAUCCCAUCCCUGUCCUUCACUGCAUUUCGCCAAAAUCCACGUCACAGCAAGAAGCAAUUCUCCGAUUAGUAGCGAACUCUAACGAGGAGAAAGCUCUCCCGUGCGUUAGAACAUUCGAGAACGACUUGGCUCGGCUCAGCUUAGUCGGCUCGGUUGGUGUCGAUCAGGCUCUCACUGCGGCUGCCGCGGACGGCGGCCAAGCCGCAGCCGAGCAUAUUGAUGCCGGCAUCGAUGCCAUGGUGGUUGAGACUCUUUUUCCUGGUCCCGGCGACGACCACGCUACUGUCUCUACUCGAUUGUUUUUACCUGCUAAGAAAGUGAAAGAUAAGGCUGGAAAACUUAAACGUGCUUUCAAAGAAGAUAUUUUCUCUGGAACUACCUCUCGAAACAUACUUGCCAUGACGUUUAGGCAAGUGGUUUUGCAACAUUUAUGGAACUUUGAACUUGCUGUCUUUAGGCCUGGCUCUGUAAGAAAUAUGGCGGAUCUUGAAAACCCAAGAGAGGUUCCUGUGUCAUUCUCUAUCAGCUCGUCGGAUGAACAUGCUAUCUCAGUGCUUGCGGAAGCUGUUUGUUUUGCUGCUCUUCAAGACACUGAAAUGAAUUUUCGUUAUGAUUUUUUAGGAAAAAACAUUUCUGGUGGUGUUUUUCGCUGGUUUCGGAAGCUUAACAGGAUUGCGUCCAAGGAUUCUUCUGUUAUCAUUGAUAAGUUAUUUGAAGAUGAGAUAGUAGAAAAUGCAAAGAGUUUGCUAGAAGAUUUUAAUUCAACUAAGGAAAAUUUUAAAGGAAUGAGUAUGAGACAGAAGUACAAUUGGUGGACAUCAGUGGCGCAUUCUAAGCUGGAAAGAAUUGGUGGCCCCUAUUUCAGUGCUUGGGCAAGUGAGCAUGUACCUGCUUAUAGGCUGCAAAUGGAUGGUAAUAAAGUCAAGGAUGUAAAAUUUCAAGGCUGGAGAAGAGCUGCGGAGAGUAGGUGGGAAGUUCUUUUGACCCACUCACAAAUGGCUGGGCUGGCUGAAAUCUUAGAUGUGUACUAUGAAGAUGUAUACUCAUUGCCUGAUAAAGAGCUUUCGUGCCAUGCCACUGCAAAAUUUACCAACUUUGCUAACACAAAGAGGAGCUCUUCUUUGCUGAACAUCUUGUCAGUUGGUCUUGCCAGUGGAAUUUUUCUCAUCGCCAUCAGCGCUCUUAGUCAAUUUUGUUUUCCUCAUUUACGCAGAGGACAAACACACAGCCAGAAGCAAAUGUUUCCUCCAUCAUCUGAAAUUGAGCAUAUGGUAAAUGAAUCUGUUGAUGAUGAAAAGUUGCAAGAGUUUUGCAUUUUGAUCAUCAAAAAGAUAAAGGACGCAUUAGGCUGGCCUGGUGAUAUAAUAUCAGAAACAAGUAAUGGUGCUUGGAUUGGUGAAAUUCCAAAAUACUUGAAAGCAACGCGUGUAUCUGAUUACAGUAAGGAAGACACUUCACUUCCUGACCCCAUUCAGAAAAUUGACGAAGAUAUAAAGUUAUCUGCAUCGGAUAUUGCUAGUUAUCAGGUCAUCAUGUCAAGUGAUGGUAAAAUUGUUGGGUUCCAGCCUACAAGCCGGAUAGGUGUGAAUCAUUGGGCUGCCAAUCCCUUAGCACGAGAGCUCUACGAAAACCGGAAGCUAUCCCCAGGUCUAAUUGAACCCGGCCUUAAGAUCCGUCUUCCAAAUGAGGUAGUCGCCAUAGAGUUGUUGAUGUCGGUUAACUCAGAGACUGACUUUGCCUUGGCAAGGCCAGUUCAAUCAAACACCAUCACCUGACGAACUCAUCGUGCGGUUUUAAGACAGUCGAUGCUGAUUUUACGUCCAUACAAGAGAAAUUUUGAUAUAUUAGAUGCCUAUGUGAAAUAUCGUAAUGUUCGCCUUUAAAGUGCAUAUUUUAUGAAACGACUUUCGGAAUGAAUAUUUCAUUUGAUCCUCUAGAUAAACGUAUGAAGAAUUUCAACAUGAUAACUCUGAAGAUAUGAAUAUGAUAGCAUGAUGCUGAUA